AUGAACCUCCAUGGCGUUGCUGCAGCACUUUUACUCGUCGCCCCGACAUUGCUCGCGAGCGCCUAUCUCAAUGACACUUCGCGGGCAUUGAUGCAAGAUCCCUUCCUCGAUCUGGUCGACGGGUGCCCACCAUGCCCUAGAUGCUUCGAUUGCCACUACGACGAGUUCAAGUGCCUACAAUUUGCGAGCUGCGGCAAUGUCAACGGGAAAUGCGUCUGUCCUCCGGGCUUCGGAGGUGACGACUGCGCGGAGCCACUGUGUGGUUCCUUGGCCGACGGCAAGAAUCGAUCACCAAGAAGAGGCGAUAAGUGUGACUGCAAAGAUGGAUGGGAAGGCAUCAACUGCAACGUGUGCAAAUCCAACGACGCAUGCAAUGCGCUGAUGCCUGGGGCCCAGGGUGGCGUCUGCUAUCAAAAGGGUGCUUUGGUGUUCGAAAACUACCAGAUAUGCAAUGUCACCAACAAGGCUAUCCUGGACCAGAUCGAUCCUCGGAUACCAGAGGUUACCUUCUCCUGUAACGCCGAAGAUGCUACCUGCAACUUCCAAUUUUGGGUCGACCAAAAGGAAUCGUUUUACUGUGCGCUCGAUAACUGCACUUCAACAUAUCAGGAUACGAACGUCCGCAAUACCACGAAAUAUCAAUGCCAAAAUAUAAAAUGCUCUUGCAUACCCGACCGGUUCUUGUGUGGUGAGGAUGGCUCUGUCAACAUUGACGAGUUCCUGACCGAAGAGAUCAAGGGCCCAGCUUCGUUUUACUCGCAGCACACCUAUGGCGGUAGCUCCAAGGACGGUAGUAGGUUCGAGGAACCGGCCAUGAACAACCUGAUAUCUAUGAUAUUUGGCGACGAAUACAUAUCGCUUCAAUGCCGGGCAGGUGAAUGCCUGUAUGAGACGGAUGUGCCUGGGUAUGAGAGACCCAUUAAAGAGAUCAACACGCCUUUGAUAGCUGGAAUCAUAGCUGGGUGCGCCCUCUUGGUCGUUGCCAUUACACUCAUCUCGUGGUACCUGUCGAGAAGGGCGGCGCUCAAGCGAUGGGGUGCCAUUCGACUGAGCGAAAACGGUGAAAACGACGCCUCGAUGUCAAUGAUCAACCACACGCCGAUGGCUUUGCAAUUUGAAAACGUCUCUUAUGGUCUGAAGGGAAAAGAGAUCCUCUCUGGUAUUUCUGGCAUUGCCCACCCAGGCCAAAUCACGGCCAUCAUGGGUGCGUCCGGCGCAGGCAAAUCUACAUUUCUCGACAUUCUCGCGCGCAAGAACAAGCGUGGAACAGUCUUGGGCCAUAUGUAUGUCAACGGUGAGAAGAUUCUCGAUGGAGAGUACCGAAACGUAGUGGGCUACGUCGACCAAGAGGACACUCUUCUGCCAACUCUGACCGUUCACGAGACCAUUCUCACCAGCGCUCUCCUGAGACUGCCCGCUGAUAUGGGCAUUUCUGUCAAGGAGCAACGAGUCAUUGAGGUCAUGCAGCAACUCGGAAUCUACCACAUCAAAGACCAAGUCAUUGGCUCAGAGGAAGGAAAUGGUCGUGGCAUCUCCGGCGGCGAAAAGCGACGGGUAGGUAUCGCUUGCGAGCUCGUGACUAGCCCAAGCAUUCUCUUUCUCGAUGAGCCAACCAGUGGGCUCGACGCCUUCAACGCUUUUAAUGUAGUUGAAUGUCUGGUCACCCUGGCCAAGACAUACAACCGGACCGUCAUCUUCACUAUUCAUCAACCUCGCUCGAACAUUGUCGCACUAUUUGACCAGCUCAUCCUCCUUGCCAAAGGGCAAACUGUCUAUUCUGGUCCCUUUUCGAGUUGUCAAUCAUACUUUGACCACAUUGGCUAUUCCUGUCCGCCAGGUUUCAAUAUUGCAGACUAUCUCGUGGACCUGACAAUGCACGCCAGUCUUCCACAUUCGCCCAUAUUUGAGGAUGUGCCGAAAGAUCUGCUCGACCGAGACGGUCCGGGGACGGAGUCAAGCAGUACGCGCGCCGUCAAAUCCAUUGCAAGUGUUUCCAACGUGAGCGUGGAGAGCCCACGUGAAGCCCCGGCGCGGGGAAAACCCAAGAGGAGAAUUUCCCUGAAGCAAAAGCAGGACCGACAACUGUUCACUCGGAAGAAGACCGCUGGGAGCGAAACUCCGCCCACGCCAAAGACCGAUGACGAGGAUACAGUGAUGGGGAGAGCGACUGGCAGCAUGCGGAGCUGGUUACAAAUGUCGAAGAGAGAUGGGUCAAACCCUGCACCCCUUCUGGAGGACCCUGACGACAUACCACCAGACGCCAACACUGAUCUGGACAUUCUGGUGACGAGUUUUAAGAACUCUGAUGUGGCUCAGACAAUUCACGAUGAAAUCACAGCUUCAAUCCAAGCCGCGUCUGCGGCAAACGGCCACGGUGGCGGAGAAGCUGUAACUGAACCCGUUACAGGCUCGAUUAAAGGCUUCCGACGUGUCAGCCUCCCACGCCAGUUUUUGAUCCUGUCCAGACGGACCUGGCGAAACCUGUAUCGCAACCCGAUUCUCAUGUUGACUCACUAUGCUGUUGCUAUUCUGUUGGCGGUAUUGUCAGGGUGGCUCUUUUAUGGCGUUACUGACGACAUUGGCGGAUUCCAAAAUCGACUUGGCCUCUUCUUCUUCCUAUUGGCACUGUUCGGUUUCAGCGCGCUGACCAGUUUGAGUGUCUUCAGCGCAGAGCGGCUGAUCUUUGUCCGAGAACGUGCCAACGGAUACUACUCUCCGAUUACUUACUAUGCUGCGAAGCUCAUAUUCGACAUUGUACCGCUCCGGCUUAUCCCACCUAUCAUCAUGGGCAUCAUCAUUUAUCCAAUGUCGGGCUUGCUCCCAAAAUGGGGUGUCUUCUUUACCUUCAUACUAAUAUUGGUUCUGUUCAACUUGGCCGCUGCAGCUAUCUGUCUGACGAUUGGUAUCAUCUUUAAAGAUCCCGCUGUUGCCAAUUUGAUUGGUAGCUUGGUCAUGUUGUUCAGCUUAUUGUUUGCUGGCUUACUCCUCAAUCUCAACCACGAUACUGUCCAAGCAGCAGCCCAGUGGUUACAAAUGUUGUCCAUCUUCCACUACGGAUACGAGGCCCUCAUCGUGAACGAGGUAGCCAAACUGCGUCUCAAAGAUCAACGAUAUGGCCUUGACAUCGAGGUACCAGGAGCCAGCAUUCUCAGCGCCUUUGGCUUCGACAAUCUGGCAUUGUGGAACGAUGUCAUUGGCCUGGGCGUCUUUGCAGGAGCAUUCAUCAUCAUCGCAUAUGGUGCUAUGCAUUUCCUACUCGUCGAAAAGAGGUAA